AUGGAUGAUGAUGAUGAUGAAAGUAAGAGUAGGAUAAAGGAACGGAAAGAAGAGGAGGAAGAGGGGGAGGAGGAAGAGAAGGAAGAGGAGGAGGAGGAGGAGGAGGAUGUAGAAGAGGAACGGAAAGAAGAGGAGGAAGAGGGGGAGGAGGAAGAGAAGGAAGAGGAGGAGGAGGAGGAGGAGGAUGUAGAAGAGGUAUAG